CAAUCUUAUGAAAAAAGUAAAUCAACUACCGUUGUUGAACAAAGCUUGAUUAAUGAGCUUUCUAUAUAUCUAACAUUUCCUGUUGACUUAUGUAGAAGGGGAUGACUUAGUUUUGACAUUCUAAAGUGGUGGAAGGAUAAAGAAAGAACAUUCCCAGUUUUAUCAAAGAUGGCGACUAAGCAAGUGCUAGCAAUACCGGUACCAACAGUUGUCGUGGAACAAGAAUUUAGAGUGCCCGGCAAUGUGAUAACAUAUUAUAGAACGAGAUUGAGUGCAAACUUUCUUGAGACGCUUGUUUGCUUCCACGAUUGGUUGAAGGCCCAACGUAGAACUCAAGACCUUAGCAUCGCCCCCACCCGCCACUUUAUGGAGGAAACAACAAUCGACGGCGUGGGCGCGUGGCUGAGAUUCCGAUUGAUUAUUAUUUAUUAGAAAAUGUAUUUUAUGUUUUUAAUUUUUCUCAAUUCUCAAAUGUAGUUCAUAUUAAAAAAAAAAUAUACUUUAAUGUUGGAAUAUAUUAUCCCGGCCUAUUACUGUUCAGGAGUCCAAGGCUUUACGUAGUACGGAGCCCGAGCAGCUAGGCCCAUUUCGGCCCAUCCGGCCCACUUUAGCCAUUUGGGCCCACUCCGGCCCAUGCGGCCCAUUAGGGUGGAGAGCAUCCCCUUCCCCUAUUCUCUAUAAAUACGGAGCUUAGCCUCCAUGUAAAGGAUCCCUUCCUUCUUCCUUUAGAAUAGCUCAAAUACUCCAUUGAUGGGAGUUCAAAAUGUACUAUGUAAUGUCGAGGAGAGUCCUAAUGAGAAUGAGAGGGCUUGGACAUUAGCCUAAAAAGUCCCGUGGUUUUCUCCCUUUCGGGUUUCCACGUAAAAACUGAGUGUUCAUACAUAUAUUUACUAUAUCGUGUUGGAUUAAACUCAACACUGGCGCCGUCUGUGGGAAUCUGUCCAAAAAGAUUCAUGUGUUCUACUGUUCUUGAGUUUCUACAAAAAAAAAAAAACAAUCAUACGGAUGAACUGGAUUCCAGAAAAUAAAAAAGGAAAGAAAUGGCUCUGAGGGAAGAAGAAACGAGGAAGCUACAGAAAUUGGGGAGCCAAAUCUGGAUUUUUGUUUCCAGAUCUGUUUUGAAGUCACCGGAGCCAUCGCCGUACCCGCCGGCAGGGAGCCUCCGUGGUGUUAGCCGGCACCAGAAAAAGCUCGCUUAAGCACCCCAAAUCUCAUAGCACCUGCAACACAGUUGCUCGUCACGCGCAGCUGCUUCUGCCGCCUAAAGUCGCUGCACUGCCGCUCGCCGCCGGAGGACAACCACCGACUACCCCUCCGCCUGGUCAGUCGCGGGGUGAGCCUCCACCAGCCAUCCUGUUCGACCGCUUUGACCUGAGGACCUACCGACUGGGAGUUUGAUUUCCGCCAUUAAUGGUGUUUUUUAGGCUCAAAGGAAGUAAAAUCCGAAGCUCAAAAGAUCUCCCAACGAAACUACGCCCUCUGGCCGGCCUUGCUCUGCCGCGACCACCAUCUCCACCUGCGGAAGGUGGCCGGCACGUGCAGCCUGCUUAUGGGUUGGUAGAAGGCUGCUCCAUCUGUCUGUCCUAAGAGGUACACUCCGCGUAAAUGCCUUGGUCUGAAGCUGACCACGUCCACAAGUUUUGGGACCAAGAACGGAAGGCUGGCUGCUUUGGAAGAGUUGACCAGCAGCUCGGUCUGCACAACAUGAUAAAAGGGAAGCAAAUCUGGCUCUACAUAGCCUCGUUACUGGCGGAGUCUUUAACUUGGAAGCUAAGUGCCACUUACUCCCUUUAUUAAAGUAUUCGAAUAAUGAAGCAUGAUUAAUAUUGCAAUUGAUUUGUAUCACCAUUAUCUAUUAGGGAUUGAAAAUCCCAAAAUUAAAUAGUGAGAGCAAUGCUCUAAGUGAUAACUGAGUCGCCGUCAUUUAAAUUGGACGACUGGGUGUUGUGGGCCCGUCGGCCCGCUCCUGAUCGGCUUUAAUUAGCGAACGGAGCGUAUCUCAAUGAUCUUUGGUAGGAUAGUAUCAUUACUAUUACCUGUUAUAUCACUAGCUAUUAUUUAUUAGGGAUAAAAUAUCCCGAAUUAAAUAAUGUGGAGCGAAGCUCUGAUGAUGGUUGGUUCAGCCAACAUUUUAUUGAAUAUUUAAUUUCUUGUGGGCCUGAUGGCCCACCCUCGAUCGGCUUGAUUAAGCGAUUCGAGCGUCUCCAGAAGGGCGAUGCCCCGACGACGCAUUUUAAUUUGAGGGUUGUGCAUUAGUCCGCAUGGCACUACGUGCCCGAUUGACGAUCGUACCCCAGUAUCAUCUACGCCAUUAGGCUCGAAGUGACAAUUGCCAGACGCGGCCUGUGGGGCCCGAGGGCACCGAAGCGCUCAACCUCGUUUUUUCGAGGGCAUUGCGACCAACUUGGGUCUGAGUUUGAAAACUCACAGACCAAUGGAUAUUUCUAUGUGACGUUCGGCGGGCUGCUAAUUGGCCUCGCCGCGAGCUGCUACGUCCAUUAACCCCGCACGAUGAGCCGGGCCGAGGGUCACGAUGACCCAUAGGCCGGUAAUCGUGGAUGUUAAAAGGAAAGCCGUGCAGAUGGUUGUGUGUAUACAUAUUGUCGGGCCGUGCGGCCCGUUAUCAUGCUUAUUGCGCAGCUGAAGCCACUCGACGCGCUCGAGUGAAAUGAUUAAAAGACGCUUGGCCCGAGUCUUGAAGACGUUCAGGGCCAGCUAAAGAGGGGACCACCAUGGUUGAGAACCGCGGGACGAGCAUCUCCACCCCAGAGACCGAUGGCCUAGGAAGAACACCUAGAAGUCGAGGGUCCAGAGGGAACUGCCACGGCGAAGAACCGUGAGACGAUCAUCCAUCGUCCAGAGGCCGAGGGCCAAGAGGAAACCAUCACGGCUGAGAGCCGUGAUACGAGCAUCUCCACCCCAGGAGCUGGUGGCCUAGAGGAGACCACUACGGCCGAGGGUCGUGGGACCAUCCUUACAUCACGACCGACCUCACGGUACGGCGUGUUUAUCACCUGAAGACCGGUAUCAUCCCCGCGCUGCGCGGGUGAGAGCCGUUGCACGGAUACACUUGAUCGGCUUCUCAUUGCCGACAUCAUUAUAUCACGACCGGCCUCUCGGCUCGGCGUGCCUAUCUUUUGAAGACCGGCCUCGUCCCCCGCAUUGCGCAGGUGAGGACCGUUGCUGGAUUUCAGGUCGGCCUGUUAUUGCCGAUGUCAUUAUAUAUCACGAUCGGCCUCUCGGCCCGACGUGAUUAUCAUAUUUGAAGACCGGCCUCGUCCCCGCCCUCGCGGACGAGGGCCGUUGCUUGAUUCUUUCAGAUCGUCCUCUCAUUGCCGACACUGUCAUAUCACGACCGACCUCGCGGUACGACGUGUUUACCACCUGAAGACCGGUAUCAUCCCCGCGCUGCGCGGAUGAGAGCCGUUGCUUGAUUUUCUCAGAUCGGCCGCUCAUUGCCGACACCAUUAUACCACGACCGGCCUCUCGGCUCGGCGUGCUUAUCUUUUGAAGACCGGCCUCGUCCCCGCCACCUCGCGGACGAGGACCGUUGUUUGAUUCUUUCAGGUCGGCCUCUCACUGCCGACACUAUCAUGUUCGGCCUCUCGGCACGACGUAUUUAUCUUUUGAAGACCGGUUUCAUCCCCGCUCUGUGUUGGAUGAGAGCCGUUGCUCGGAUAUAUCGGCCUGACCGGACACUAUUGCCAUCUCCAUUAUCAGGACCGACUGCUCAGCGACAUUAUGAUCAUUGUAUAUCGGCUCCCGAUGCCGACCUUCUUGAGUUAGCGAUCGGGCCCACCCCUCCCCUCCAGGAGGGAGACCAUCGCCUUCGCAUGACGACCAGCAUUUCCAUCGCCUCGUCAUCCGCUUCAUGUUGGUAUCCCACCACCAUUACGUGUGACAUCACUGGUGGCCAUUCUUGGAAACCGACGAACGUAUUUUCCUCCCUCAAAAAAAAAAAAAAAAAAAAAUGGGGAGAAGGGGAGACGAGAUCCUAUGAGAGAGGGAGUCUUGACGAGGUAUGCCUGAUCUUCCUUCGCCGCGUAUGACGAACGUCUCCCGACGCGGAGGCUAGUAGGAACGUGGGGGGGGGGGCUAGACGUACCAAAGGGAACCUCGGCAAGAUAAACCAGUUCCUCCCAUGACCCGUGGUUCGACGAACACCUUCUGCCAGAGCAGAAGGCUAGUAGGGCCACGAGCACGGGGCGACGAAGCAGGGAAUCCCGACGUGGAUAAACCGGUUCCUCCUUGCGAUCGUUGGAUGACCGAACGUCUUCUUCGAAGUAAGAAGAUUAGUAGGACCACGACAGGGAUGAACGAAGAAUAGGGAAUCCCGACGUGGAUAAACCUGUUCCUCCUUGCGAUCGUUGGAUGACCGAACGUCUUCUUCGGAGUAAGAAGGUUAGUAGGACCACGACAGGGACGAACGAAGAAUAGGGAAUCCCGACGUGGAUAAACCUGUUCCUCCUUGCGAUCGUUGGAUGACCGAACGUCUUCUUCGAAGUAAGAAGGUUAGUAGGACCACGACAGGGACGAACGAAGAAUAGGGAAUCCCGACGUGGAUAAACCCGUUUCUUCUCAUAGUUGGGAUGGCGAACGUCUCCUGCGAAACCAGGAGACCAGUACUCACGAGACUUGGGAAGAACAAAGACCGAGUUCUUUACCGGAGUCUGUGCCUGCCGAGUGUACACUGCUUAGCGGUCCGUACAUAGGACCACAGAUACGGUAGACGAACGAAGACCAGCUCCAUGGAUCAGACACGAUGGACCAGUUCUUUACCGGAGUCUGUGCGUGCCGAGUGUGCACUGCUUAGCGGUCCGUACAUAGGACCACGGAUACGGUAGACGAACGAAGACUAGCUUCCCAGAUCAGAUAGGAGGGACAUCGCCCAGAUUUAUUUCAGAAGAUCGGCUUCUCACAGCCAAUCAGGAUAGAGACUUGACACAUCACCAGCACGGCCGAGGGCCGUGAGACGAUUACCACUCACUACAGGCCGAGGGCCAUGAGAUGAUCAUCACUAUUUUUCCGUAUCACGAUCGGCCCCUCAGCGCCAUCGUGUCCAGACUCACGGUUCGGCUCGCCCAUUCCCUCCAGGAUGGCGACGAACGUCUUAUGCAUCACGAUCGGCCCCUCAGCGCCAUCGUGUCCUGAUUCACGGUUCGGAUCGUCCAUUCCCUUCCAGGGUGGCGACGGACGUCUUAUGCAUCACGAUCGGCCCCUCAGCGCCAUCGUGUCCAGACUCACGGUUCGGCUCGCCCAUUCCCUCCAGGAUGGCGACGAACGUCUUAUGCAUCACGAUCGGCCCCUCAGCGCCAUCGUGUCCUGAUUCACGGUUCGGAUCGUCCAUUCCCUUCCAGGGUGGCGACGGACGUCUUAUGCAUCACGAUCGGCCCCUCAGCGCCAUCGUGUCCAGACUCACGGUUCGGCUCGCCCAUUCCCUCCAGGAUGGCGACGAACGUCUUAUGCAUCACGAUCGGCCCCUCAGCGCCAUCGUGUCCUGAUUCACGGUUCGGAUCGCCCAUUCCCUCCAGGAUGGCGACGACCGUCUUAUGCAGUACGAUCGGCCCCUCAGCGCCAUCGUACCCAGCUCACGUUCAGCUCGUCCAUUCCCUCCAGGAUGGCGACGAACGUCUUAUGCAUCACGAUCGGCCCCUCAGCGCCAUCGUGUCUCUUUCACGUUCGGAUCGCGCAUCCCUUCCAGGAUGGCGACGAACGUCUUAUGCAGUGCGAUCGGCCCCCCAGCGCCAUCGUACCUGGCUUCACGGUUCGGCUCGCACAUUCCCUUCAGAAUGGCGACGACCGUCUUAUGCAGCACGAUCGGCCCCUCAGCGCCAUCGUGUCUCUUUCACGUUCGGAUCGCGCAUCUCUUCCAGGAUGGCGACGAACGUCUUAUGCAGCACGAUCGGCCCCUCAGCGCCAUCGUGUCUCUUUCACGUUCGGAUCGUGCAUCCCUUCCAGGGUGGCGACGGACGUCUUAUGCAGUGCGAUCGGCCCCUCAGCGCCAUCGUACCUGGCUUCACGGUUCGGCUCGCACAUUCCCUCUAGGAUGGCGACGACCGUCUUACGCAGCACGAUCGGCCCCUCAGCGCCAUCGUGUCUCCUUCACGUUCGGAUCGCGUAUCUCUUCCAGGAUGGCGACGACCGUCUUAUGCAGCACGAUCGGCCCCUCAGCGCCAUCGUGUCUCUUGCACAUUCGGAUCACGCAUCCCCUCCAGGAUGGCGACGAACGUCUCAUAUGCAGCACGAUCAGCGCCCCAGCGCCAUCGUGUCUGGCUCGUGUUCGGCUCGCCCAUCCCUUCCAGGAUGGCGACGAACAUCUCUUAUGCAUCACGAUCGGCCCCUCAGCGCCAUCGUGUCCAGAUUCGCGGUUCGGCUCGCCCAUUCCCUCCAGGAUGGCGACGACCGUCUUAUGCAGUACGAUCGGCCCCUCAGCGCCAUCGUACCCAGCUCACGUUCAGCUCGUCCAUUCCCUUCCAGGGUGGCGACGGACGUGUUAUGCAUCACGAUCGGCCCCUCAGCGCCAUCGUGUCCAGACUCACGGUUCGGCUCGCCCAUUCCCUCCAGGAUGGCGACGAACGUCUUAUGCAUCACGAUCGGCCCCCUCAGCGCCAUCGUGUCCAGACUCACGGUUCGGCUCGCCCAUUCCCUCCAGGAUGGCGACGAACGUCUUAUGCAUCACGAUCGGCCCCUCAGCGCCAUCGUGUCCUGAUUCACGGUUCGGAUCGCCCAUUCCCUCCAGGAUGGCGACGACCGUCUUAUGCAGUACGAUCGGCCCCUCAGCGCCAUCGUACCCAGCUCACGUUCAGCUCGUCCAUUCCCUCUAGGAUGGCGACGAACGUCUUAUGCAUCACGAUCGGCCCCUCAGCGCCAUCGUGUCUCUUUCACGUUCGGAUCGCGCAUCCCUUCCAGGAUGGCGACGAACGUCUCAUGCAGUGCGAUCGGCCCCCCAGCGCCAUCGUACCUGGCUUCACGGUUCGGCUCGCACAUUCCCUCCAGGAUGGCGACGACCGUCUUAUGCAGCACGAUCGGCCCCUCAGCGCCAUCGUGUCUCCUUCACGUUCGGAUCGCGUAUCUCUUCCAGGAUGGCGACGACCGUCUUAUGCAGCACGAUCGGCCCCUCAGCGCCAUCGUGUCUCUUUCACAUUCGGAUCACGCAUCCCCUCCAGGAUGGCGACGAACGUCUCAUAUGCAGCACGAUCAGCGCCCCAGCGCCAUCGUGUCUGGCUCGUGUUCGGCUCGCCCAUCCCUUCCAGGAUGGCGACGAACAUCUCUUAUACAGCUCGAUUGGCCCCUCGGCGGCAUCAUGUCUAGUUCACCUCCGGCUCCGCCCAUGCCAGCUCGGAUGGGGGACCCGUCGUAUGCAGCAUGAUUGGCCCCUCGGAGGCAUCAUGUCUAGUCCACCUUCGGCUCCGCCCAUGCCACCUCGGAUGGGGGACCCGUCUUACGCAGCACGUCUGCUUCUCGGCGCUGACAUGCCCGGGUUAUCGAUGAGGGCUACUGCUUCUAUCACAUCUUGCAUUCCCUCUCUCAUACAUUACAUACAUACAUUACAUGCAUACAUACAUUCAUGCAUCAUACCUCAUACAUUCAUACAUACACACGUGCAUCGUGUUUUGAUAGUACCGCGACGUCGGUUUAUAGAUGCAUGGACCUCUAAGCUUCUCCGAUUGGAAAGCUCGAGUCAGAGUCCUUACUCCCGCCUGACGCAUUCAGGGGGAGUGUUCCCGUGGAGGAGCACCCUUCGCCCGACCCUGUUGAGAAGGGGGGUGCCUCACCGGCAGAUUACGUUCAGGAGUGCAGACACUCACUCAUAUAUUAUGAUUAUGUGAAGACACAGUUUCCAGCAAGACAGAGGAAGAGCGCAGGCAGAGUAUAUUUUCUCGAGCAGAUUCGCGAGCUCACUACUCAAGAAACUGGGGGACUUGUGUUGGGAUAUAUUAUCCCGGCCUAUUACUGUUCAGGAGUCCAAGGCUUUACGUAGUACGGAGCCCGAGCAGCUAGGCCCAUUUCGGCCCAUCCGGCCCACUUUAGCCAUUUGGGCCCACUCCGGCCCAUGCGGCCCAUUAGGGUGGAGAGCAUCCCCUUCCCCUAUUCUCUAUAAAUACGGAGCUUAGCCUCCAUGUAAAGGAUCCCUUCCUUCUUCCUUCUUCCUUUAGAAUAGCUCAAAUACUCCAUUGAUGGGAGUUCAAAAUGUACUAUGUAAUGGUGAGGAGAGUCCUAAUGAGAAUGAGAGGGCUUGGACAUUAGCCUAAAAAGUCCCGUGGUUUUCUCCCUUUCGGGUUUCCACGUAAAAACUGAGUGUUCAUACAUAUAUUUACUAUAUCGUGUUGGAUUAAACUCAACAUUUAAGUUUUUUAUAUGUAGCUAUUCUUAAAUUAAUUUAUAAACAAGAAUUAAAAAAAAUACCCGAACCCGACCCGACCUGAUACCAGAGCGGGUAGACCGGGCCGGUCUAGUCCCGAUAGUAUCCCGGGCUGGUUCUAGGCUUCACCCCAAAAAAUUUAGACCCAGCCGGGCCAACCCGGAACCGGACCCGGACAAUAGCUAGCUCUGUCAUGGGUAGGCAUGGACCGGUACGGCGGUACCGGCCCGGGCCGGUCCAAACCAGGACAAAAUCUGUUAGGGUUAGGCCUGGUACCUGCCCGGGAUUCUACCGGGACCGGGUCGGGCUGAUUCUUGGAUUUUUUUGUUUUUCUUAUUUAUUCCAACCCUCCACCCCCAAACCCCGCCAUAACACCCAGCCCGCCUACCAUAGGCCCAAACCAGGGGGGGCACCGGUCCCCAUUUUCCUGCACCCGGAGCCCGCCCUGAAAACCCCCUCAUCGAGCCGGUUGACCCGGUCCAGAUCUCGGUUCGCGGGUCGAGUCGAUACUAUACAGUACCGGGCUGGGCCGGUCAACCCGGGUAUGGUCCAUCCUUAGUCGUGGGUAGGGGUUGGAAUAAAGCUUGUAUUCAGGAUGCCUAUUUCAUUCUUAUAAAUUUAGUAGAGUGAUCAAAUUACAACACGAACAUUUCUUUUUCCAUACCCUUGAUCACAUGGGAGGGUGACAUUGUGUCAUUACUCUAGAACCAGGAUCAAUGUGCCUUCAAAAUAUAUGAAGGCUAGGAAGCACGGAAAUUCUCCAUGGCUCACGUUUCCACGUUUCGGAAACUCAUAAGCGUUUCGGAAACUCGGAAACUUCAAAUUCCCAUUUCGGGGCCGUUUCCGUAAUUAAGAAAAAUUUGGGAACCCGUUUCACUACGUUUCGGAAACCUCGGAUUCCAAUUUUUUUUCUUUUUCAAAAGAUUAUGUGGUGGAAAAUAAUUUUUUAUAGUGAAUUUUGUGGUAUUUCUCAGCGGCAACACUUGUUACAUUUCGUAACGCAAUGUAUUGCUAGAAAUGUAUUACUCCGUACAUUUUAUGUUUAUUUAUGUACUAAUAUGAAAUAAUAUCUAAAUUCGAACAUGUAGAGUGAUUUUAUUAUUUGGUUACUAAACAAAUUAUAUUAAAAAACAUGUGCAUAUGAAAAAACUUGUGUACAUAUAUUAAAAAAUAUUUAUAAAUAUAUCCUUAUAUUUUAUAAUAUUUACGCGUUUCCCCCACGUUUCGUGUCCUAUAUUUUUUAGAAAUUAUGUUUCUCGUGUUUCCCAUUUCCCGUUUCAUGUUUCCCGUUUCCCGUUUCCGUGCUACUUAGUAUGAAGGCAAUCAAGAUCCUGAUAUGGGUUGAUUUGGCAGAGUCUACCAGAGGCGGUCAAAGAAGGGACCAGAUUGAGAGAUCCUAAUUAUUUUAAUUAAUUAAAUCAGUUUCCUAUUUUGAGUCUAUUUUAAUUAAUAAAAUCAGUUCCCUACUUUGAGUUUAUUUAUUAAGGUUUCCUUAUACUUGUUUAGAAACCUCUUUAUUGCUUCUUUCCUAUUAUUGUUAUAGGAAACUUGUCUUUUUCCUAUUUAAGGCUUAUCAGUUGGAUUAAUGAGAUUAGAUUUGGAAUAUUUAAUCUUUUGAUCUUUUGGUGGAACCAGUGAUCACCUUCCUUGCCCAUGGCAGGAAGUUUGUGUUUGUUAUUCCAGACACCAUAGCUUCACAUUCCUCUCUCAAUCCUCUCCGGUCUUGGACGAGAUCUUGUACCAAGGCCCUUAACAAUCCCCCAAUAACUCAGGACAAGCAAGAGCCCCAAAAACAAAUGGGUGAUUAAGCAAAUAUCACAAAAGGGUAAAGAUAAAGUGAUUGACACUACUGUUAAUCCCAUUAGGACCCAUCUUCCAGCCACUCAAAUGAUCUUCCGGCAGAUCCAAAUGCUAAGGUCAGUCCUCCCCUUGAGGUUAUCACCGUGGAGGCUGCUGCUGCUGAAUAAAGUUAGGAAUUUUUAAACAUAUACAUAUUUCCUAAUUUGGAUUAGGAAUCUAUUUCAAAAGUUAAGUCAUAUUUAAAUUGUACUAAUAUAUACUUUUGUGGUUAGGCUAAACGUAUUUACUUGUG